AUGGAUCUUGAUAAGUGCAAAUAUUAUCUGAAAGGUGCGCCUGAAAUUCACAGUAGUAUUAACUACAUUACAGCUGAAACAAUUUUGGAUGAAUCCAAUCAACACUUAGUGUGCGAGUCAGCUGAGCCCGAUGACCUGGGUUAUUUAGAGGAAGAGGCAAAUUUUCAGGACAUCAUUACAGAAACUCUUCGACGUAGAAGUGGUGAUUCGACUGACGUAAGAUUAAACUUAAAGAUUAAUAAUGAACCAAAGAUACUAGAGCAUGGUAUUGAUGCCAUUUACACUGCCGAAGUUUACGGACGUGUUGAUGAGUUCAUCCGACAUUAUCUUUUGAGCAACUCUUUUUUCGAAACGCUCAAUUCCUUUCAAGUAGAAUGGUGCGUUGUAUUUGUACUUCGCGCUCACUACGCCGAAUAUGAACCUAUUUUUCGUCAACUACAACAAAAGUACGAGGCUGCCAUGAGAGAGAAGAGCUUGAAUCAAAUCGAAAGAGAUCGAGCUGUGGGGCACGCGGAAGAACUGCGAUCCACGUUACUGUCUUUGCAACAGUUCGGUAUAAACACUGCAGAAGGCACCGAGUUUGAAAAGAUAAGUAAAAAAUCAGUGUUGACUGGUGUCAAUCCAUCGACGAAGGCUAAAUUAUUGUCAGCAAAAUUGACUGGUCAGAAUGAAGAGAAUAAGAAGGUUUCAGAAAACCUCCCGAAGAUCAUUUCUGGGAGUGGCGUAUCAGAAAUUCCGAGGGACAAAGGGGUUAACCCACUGCUGCGAGUGGUCUCCCAAUCCACCGCUUAUGGCGUAUGUCCGUCGAGCCGCAAACUGAACAUCACAGUGAAAGGCCAUGAGAAGGCUAUCAGUAGCCUGUCAAUUAAUCCAAGCAAAUCGCUAAUUUGCUCGACGAGUGACGAUAAACAAUGGAAAAUAUGGCGCCUUCCAGAGCUAACUCUGUUGCUCACAACGAAAGCUCACAAGGAUUGGAUUUCUAGUUCAGACUUCAACCCUAUGGAGAACAUUCUGGCGACAGCCAGCGGAGACUCAUCAAUACGGGUUUGGCGCUACGAUUUGGCCGGGGAUCCUUCAGACCUCGUGGAUUUUUCAGGAGAACGGGAAGAAGAAUUGGAUAUCAACCAUCAUAAUGGGAACGAAAAUAAAGCCGCCUGUUUGGCGAAACUGAUAGGCCAUGCUGGUGCUGUGUGGUCGGUCAACUGGCAUUGGAGUGGACGUUUCUUGAUUUCCGGAGGAACAGACAGCACGGUUCGCAUCUGGGACGUUGAGAUGACCAAAACUGUUAGUCAGAUGUCCUCUGAAAGACGUCAGCAGUGUAGAUCGACGUUCCGGAAACAGACCGGUACGGUGAACUCCACUCGCUUCCUCCCGUACGGGAACAUAUUGGUUAGUGCGUCAACCGACAAAACAGUGGCCGUUUGGGACGCGCGUGCAGGCAUUUGUAUACAAACGCUUCUGGGUCAUAAUCAUCCAGUCACCUAUGCGUUGUUCAAUCAGCAAGGAACAUUGAUCAGUUCGUGCGACACCUCUGGAAUUGUCCGGCUAUGGGAUCUCCGACAAAUUGGGCCCCACGGUCCGCAAACCUUCAAAGAACCUGGUAGUCUGUGCCAGACAAACUUGGUAGAUCUUACCAAAGUACACAGUAACCAGCCCAGUUUCAUGGUCAAUCAGCUUGACUUUGAGCUAAGUGGCGAAUUCCUAGUGGCAGCUUGUGCGGAUGCCCGAAUUUAUUGCAUCGAAGUUGCCGACGGUACGGUCACGGAACUUGAAGGACACGAAGAUGCCGUUCAGUCUGCCGUGUUCGACUACAGCUCAAAUCGGCUUUACUCUGCAGGCAGUGAUGGUAACAUUUGUGGCUGGUGGUGA